GCUAUGUGUGUGUGUGUGUGUGUGUGUGUGUGUGUGCGUGUGUGGCUAAAUAAAAUAAGUGAUUUUAAUUGAUACACAAUUAUUUAAUGAUGUGGAAAUCUAUUGUCAUGAUAUAAAUCACUGUACUUUUUGUUAAUAUAAUUAUUAUGUUUUUAUGGAACUAUACUGAAUACAUAUCUUUCGUUAAAUCGUUAUUAAAUAAUUUAAUACUUAACCAUGAUUAAUAAUAUUAUUUAAUAUUAUCGAAAUACUUCGAAAAAAAGAAUUAAUAUAAUAUAAUAAAAAAGAGUCGGAGAACAGUGCGCUCCUAUCGUAUUUGUUACGGCCGCUCCUGCGACCGCGCUACCGUCGCUAAGUGUCGACUGUCGUUUAGUGGUGGUGGGGCAGCGAUAGGCGUAUACCUUAAAAUCUCUCGGUUUGGUGCUCGUCCUUGACAGCGCUGGUUCAAAUAGAUGCUUUGACACGCAUUCGCACGCCGAAAAGUAUCGUAACUAAGAAGAAGCAUCGACUGCUACUUUCGGUUGUUUAAUAUAUAUAGACAGCCAAAUUCUGAAUGCUACGAUUGUAGAACACCAACUGCUUCUGUGUUGCUGAGUUUUUAUUGUUCUUUCUAUUUAACGACAUUAAAAAAAUUAUUAAAAUAUCUCCGAACAAAAAUUCUGACUUUUUGUUUUAAACGAUUUUUUUCAAAAUAUAUUAAACGUUUUUCCUUCAUUGCGACGCAUUACAAGUGCAAUAUUGUCUCCAUAAUCGCUAUCGCUAUACACAGUCUGAUAAUAAAAUAUUAUCAUGGCUUACAGAUGUCGAAUUCAUUGUUAUGUUUGCGAGAAUGCUAUUCAAAUUCAACAAAUGGCACGAAUCAACGGCGAUGAUAAUGCAAUUAAAAGACAAAUCGCUAUUUCUAGACGAGAUAAUCUGGGUAAGGAGUAUCUUCAUAUAAAUAAUGAGAGUCGACUAUGCUUUAAUUGCAAUAAAUCUAUUGUACAUGAAAUGGAACAGAUAGAAAAUGAUCCAACAUGCCUUCGACUUAACGUUAUUACUCAAACCCAAAAUAAUUCUUGUUUAUUUUGCAAUUCCGUUGUAAAUGUUAGACGACUGUCGUUAGAAUCCAGAGUGAAUGUCUUUGUUCUGACAAAUAUUUAUAUUCCUGAAUAUAUAAGAUGUUGUGACCGACAUUUGGAUAAUCGUGGAUUUAUUUUACCAUUAUUGUUGUCAGACUUGCUAUUUAUCAAUAGGCCAUUUGUAAUAAAAGGACAACAACUGCAAGUGUUCUUACAAGCUCUUCGUAAUGUAGCAAACAAUAAGAAUCAUUAUGAAGAUGAAAACAGUUUUACGGAGGAUGAGUUUAAAUCUAUAGCACCCAUUACAAAACAACAGUUUCAAGAACUGUAUACAUAUUGCGAUCCUGUACCUCACGAACAUGGUAUUAGAAACGUUUCUAAGAAAGAUCUUUUAACUUUUCUGUGCAAACUACGACAAGGAUUAUUUGACGAAUUUCUUAGAGUAUUGUUUCAGUAUCCCUCCAGACAAAAGGUGAGUCUUGCCAUUUCCAAAGUUCGGCAGUCUUUACUAAAGAGAUUUGUUCUUGAUAAUAUUGGUUUUCAGGCUAUAACUCGAGAGGAAUAUAUAAUGAGACAUAUAACACCUUUUGCAAACGAUUUAUAUAAUCCCCAGGCAAAUAUUCCGAAAGUGAUUGCUUAUAUUGACGGGACUUAUUCUUAUAUUCACAAAAGUAGCAAUUUUUGUGUUUUACGACAAACGUACUCGAUGCAUAAAGGUCGACAUUUAGUAAAACCUGCUCUCAUAGUUGCUCCAGAUGGGUACAUACUAGCUAUUCAGGGCCCUUACUUUUCUGACUCUUGUAACAAUGAUGCCCAAAUGCUAAACAAUGAGUUUCAACGUGAUGCGGAAAAUAUAAGAAGAUGGUUUCACGAUGGCGACAUUUUCAUAUUAGAUCGUGGAUAUCGAGAUGCCCAGCCAUUACUUCGCGAAUUAGGUAUUGAGUAUAAAAUGCCAGCCUUUCUUGGACGUAACCAGAAACAACUAUCCACCGAAGAAGCUAACGAGUGGUAACAAAAACAAGAUAGAUAGUUGAAGCUAGCAAUGGGCAUAUUAAGUCUAUGUUCAAGUUUUUUGGUCAUGCAGUUAUAAUGCCUCAUCUUCAUCAUCUCGGUGAAUUCUAUAACUGCGGGUGCUUUAAUUAACAGAUAUCAUCCUUUAAUUUUAAUGGAAGGAGUUAAUGCAGAGUUAGCAAGAGAACUUCUGGAUAAGUCGAGAGAGGUUAAUA